GUUGGAAGUUCCACAAACACGCUGAAUGCCCUGAAAAUUGCUUUUGGUGAUAAAGACACACAAGUGAUCUAUCUUCUGACAGAUGGGAGACCUGAUCAGCCACCCGAAAUGGUUAUAGACCAAGUCAAAGGUUUUCAGAAAAUUCCUAUUUAUACCAUCUCCUUCAAUUACCAUGAUGAGAUUGCAAAUGGAUUUUUGAAAGAGCUUGCUUCUUUGACUGGAGGAGAAUUUCAUUCUUACAGUUUUGGUUGCAAGGAUCCCAGUCCUCCAGAGACUGUGCAGAAUGAAGAUCUGACUCUUUUAGUUAAGGAAAUGGAGCAGGGGUACAGUGACCUGGAGAAGGUGCAAACCCUUUAUUCCGACUCCGUGAUCAUGGACUGGUGGUACAAUGGAGAAAAGGACGCGGACAGCAAGCAUCAAAAGGAAAUCUGUUCUAUGGUUUCAACCCCAGAAAAAUGUGCGAAGUAUCAACCUGAUGUCGAAUCAACACGAACCUCAUCCCUAAAUAUGUUGAAAGUACCAUGGAGCCUUUCAAAUCAAAAGGUUCAGAAAAAGAAAGUCCUUCAUGCAGAAUCAACCAAAACCAGCCUGCUCAGAAGCCAGAUGUCCACACUCAAGAGCUCAGCUCGCAAUGAAGGGAAGGACCGCCUCUCCAACUCGAGCAGCUGGAACACUGCUGCAAGUGACAAAGAAAUGAGCAUCCUGCUAACAAAUGAGAGUCUGGACGACAAGUCCUCAGAAAGAAGCCAAGUUUAUGAUUCUUUAGAUAUGUCUUCAGAAAACUGGCUCAAGACCCAUGGCUUAGUGGCCAAGAAACUCACCAUCAUGGACACCCUUUCGGUGACCACAGUCCCCCACAGCCCUACCAAUCCCAUUCUGGACAAGCAUGUUGUUUCCAAGGUCUUUGAUGAGGAGUUCCCUCUGGCACACGUGUGCAACAACACAAAUAAGAUGGCAUUAGUUAACCCCCAAGGAGUCCAGCUCAAUAUCUACAGGGAAAAAGUGGAACAGGCAAUUAAGUCCUAUGAAAAGCGCUUGAAUAAAAUCGUUUGGCGAGCAUUAUCUCAAGAAGAAAAAGAAAAGUUAGAUGCAAACAAGCCAAUACAGUACCUGCAAAAUAAGGCAGCUUUAAACCAAGCAUUAGAACGGUUGAAUUGGCCCAUUUCGUUGAAAGAGUUAUCAACGCUGGAAAAUGAAAUUCUAGCUGGAAAAAAGUACAUUCAUCAGGCCAUGGAACUACAGGAGGCUGCCAAGAAGAAUUACGUGAACAAGGCAGCGGGAGAGAUUGAUGUGUUUGGUGGUUACAUCAUAUCCCAAG